UUCGCAUUCAGUUUGCAUUUCCCCCUCUGCCUGUCACCAGUCUUUGUGGAUAGUCUCGUUUGUCUUUUCUGCUGCCCAUUUUGACUCUCAUUAUAUCUCAUUGCCUGGGAAUUCCAUUGAUCGGGGAUAAGCGGUCUUUAGCCUCAGUCUCCCCGAUCGGAUUUUGCAAGCUGUCAUCCGAAAACCCUCGACUGCUCACUAUAAAACAUUUUUUUCUGCCUGCAUCUCCCCCAAUUGCUGUUGCUUUUUGAGUGACAGGGAAGGUUUCUCUGUUGCUCUGAACUCUACGCAGCAAGGUGUCUACCGCGCGACUCCCUUCUCUAGCCCUCCAAGGCUGUCGACCUUGGACUUCCCUGGAUUCUUCUCGUCUCCUUUCUCCGUUGAAUUCUGCUACAAAUAUUCGCUUGAGCUCUUCUAUGACAUCUGAAUCCUUGGACUCGUCGAGGGACGAGUUUCACGAUCGCAGACAGCCAAGUUCAAUGUCUUCCCAACAGCAAAGCGUCCCUCAUGCGGCUCAAGGGGCUAGCGCCACGCCUCCACCGUUGGCAUGGUUUCCCCUGGGCUACAGAGAAGGGUUCAACCAGUGGUGGGCGAGUCUACCCGCCGCCGCAGCUGAACAUAAAGUCCUGUCCUACCUUCCCUACCUUCAACACCAACCCCCAACUCAUUUGCAAACCGGCAAUAAGACGGCGCCUCCGGAUGGCGAGCCGGGAAGUCUACAAUCCGCGGAUCAGAGCCAAGAGGGCGAAGUCUCCGCCAACUCCUUCGACGAUCCGUACGGCCCUCGGCUAUGGCGCUCCAGUAUGGUGGAGCUGAGUGGCAAGCAUCGAGCUCUCAAUGAAUUCUCAGUGGAGAGAGUCGGCGAGCAAGCAGAUCAACAUCUGGUGAUGCUUCACGGGUACGGGGCCGGUCUAGGAUUCUUCUACAAGAAUUUCGAGCCCCUGAGUCGGCUACAAGGCUGGCAACUUCACGCCCUGGACUUGCUGGGCAUGGGUCGCAGCACGCGGCCCUCGUUUCGCAUCAAAGCGAAGAAACGUGAAGAUGCCAUCAAAGAAGCCGAGGACUGGUUUAUAGAUGCGCUGGAGGAGUGGCGUGUUAAGCGCAAAAUCGACCGAUUCACCUUGCUGGGCCACAGUCUGGGUGGCUACAUGGCAGUUGCCUAUGCCCUCAAAUACCCAGGUCGUUUGAAUAAGCUCAUCCUCGCCUCUCCGGUGGGCAUACCAGAGGACCCAUACGCGGUAUCUGCGGCCAUGCCGGAACCGUCUGAAUCGACCAUGGCCAACGAGGUCACCCAGGACCAACACGAAAUCGCCCAAUCCGCUUCGUCGGUGCAGAAAGGCGACAACAACAUUCUUCUGAAGGGAGCCCCUACCAGUGGGCCUGCCUCUGAUAAUCGACCACCUCGCCGAAUAAUACCCAAGUGGUUUGCCUACCUUUGGGAUGCCAACAUCUCACCUUUUACUCUGGUGCGAUGGGCUGGACCUUUUGGGCCACGACUGGUGUCAGGUUGGACCUCUCGACGCUUCUCCCACCUGCCUGCCGAAGAAGCCAAGGCUCUUCAUGACUACUCGUAUUCGAUCUUCAGCUUACGAGGUAGUGGGGAGUAUGCACUUGCAUAUAUCCUCGCCCCAGGGGCUUUUGCUCGCAGUCCCUUGAUUCGUCGUAUAGAAGGGGUCGGCCGGCAAAUGAUGCAGUCGUCCUCGUCCUCAUCAUCGUGGGAGCCCGCCGAGGUCCGAGACUCCUCUCCCCCUCAGUCGCCCUCUGAUUCUACCACCGAUCCGAAAUCGACUAUUUCACCUCCAUCUCUGUCGGUGAAACGAGAGAAUGGCUUGCCUAUUGUCUUCAUGUAUGGCGACCAUGAUUGGAUGGACGUCAAAGGUGGCAUGGCGGCCCGGGCGAAGCUCGAGGAAGAGAAAAACCGCAUUCUUAGCACGGCCACCCCGGAGGACAAACAAUCCGACAAUGGCUCGGCUAAGGUGGUGGUCAUCAAAAAUUCCGGCCACCAUAUCUACCUGGAUGGUUGGGAAGAGUUCAAUCGCAUAAUACUAUCGGAAAUGGAAGAAGUAGGCAGGAAAGAAAGAGCGAAGAAGCCAUGAACACCACCCAUGUGAAUUUUGUUGCCUGCCGUUUUUCUUCUUUCUUUCGUUUCCUCGGUCUGUUUGUUGGCGGCGCGUUUUGGUGUUCCUUUGGCUCAGGCAGGAUGGUGUCAUGCCGUCCAGCAUGCCUUAAACCCGGAGAUAUGCAUGAUGUAUAGUACAUAUUAAACCAAUAGAUAUACUGAAUAUAGAAUUCAUACGAGA